CUUUCCAGAGUCUGUCCAAACAUUCUUCACAACAGCUUUUUCCACACAUUUGGAGAACAGUUCAACUCUAUGACUAGUGAAAUCUUCUCUUAUCACAACACCAGUGCCUUCAGCAGCCGUUUCUUGGGAUAAAUUUGAUUUUUUAAGUUUAAAUUAUUAACUUUGAGAAAAACAGCCCUUGACUUCUCGCCACCCUUUCUUCCAACUCUCUAGCACACUUCCAUAUCGUCUUCAGUCAAUUUCAUAGACAUCUUCUAGUUUGUUCAUUCGGUCGCUCUUCAAAACCAAAAAUCGUCAAGUUGCUGCAUUUCCUCGAAUAUCGGUCGAUUCGAUCAUAUUUCCUCUCCAUUAUUGUUUUGUAAUGCAAAAAAUCAUUCGUAUGCCUAUCUACCUUCUCAACUAUGACCUUGUUUUCAUCCCUGAUGUUUGUAAUGUCAGCUUGCAUAUUUGUCAUUGUUGUUUAGAUCUGCGACAGUUUCAAUUCGACUAUUUGAUUAUCGUGUUCGACACAUUGUCCGCUAUGGUUUUUAAGAAUGAUUCAUUGCUCAAGUAGUUCUUCAGCGCUUUGUUUACCUCGGACGCAAUUUCAUCUCGGAUUUCUCUUGUGAUCACCAUUUUCUUGAGAUUCAUACCAAAUAUACUCAGUAGUAGAAAUUAAACAAUGGAAUGAACCGUCAAUCUUCAGUGAAUUUAUCCGAUAUACCAAUAAACUCUUAGGCCCAGUUUCACCAAAUGCUUUAAUCUUGACUUAGCUCUUAAGUGAGGCUUUAGAUCACGAUUAAUGUAAUGUAGCGUUUCACCACACUCCAAAGCGCCAUUUAAUCGACCAAUCGCGAUUUAGCACUAAUCGGCCAUUUUUGGAGGAUUAUAACCUUUCAAGCUGAGAUUAAUAAUUAUUUGGAACUCUUGUCUAUGUAAUUAUUUUUCCGGGAAUUUCGUUAAAAUGGCCUUUCGACGAGUAUAUGAUCUUGCCUUUGAAGAUGAUGAUAGUGAUGAAGAAUUUGUCGUUCGACGUCCUCGAUGGAUCCGAGAAAGAGAAGAUCAUUUCCAAAAUUUGGACAAUGCGGAUUUUGAGAAAAGAUUCCGUCUCUCAAAAAAAGCUGCACUCCAAAUACUGGGUUCAAUUGAGGAACAAAUUGAAUUUGCAAACGACAAGAAUAAUUCUGUUUCUCCAAUGAAUCAGUUACUAUGCACCUUACGAUACUAUGCUACUGGUUGUCACCAAAUGACAGUUGCAGACUUCACUGGAAUUAGUAAAUCGACAGCCCACAGAAUAAUUCAUCGAGUGAGUACUGCUAUUGCCUCUCUCCGUCCACUGCAUAUAACAUUCCCUGAAACUCAGGAGGAAAUUCGAAGAACACAGACUGAAUUUUUCGGAAUUGCAAGCUUUCCAAGGGUUUUGGGUGCCAUCGAUUGCACUCAUGUUAAAAUUAAAACUCCAGGUGGUGAUAAUGCAGAGCUGUUUCGUUGCAGAAAGGGUUACUUUUCACUGAAUGUUCAGGCUAUAUGCAAUGCCAAACUUGAAUUCACAGACGUAGUUGCGAGGUGGCCUGGAAGUAGUCAUGAUUCCACCAUAUUCCGUAAUUGCUAUCGGAAAGCUAUGUUUGAUGAUGACAGAUAUGGAAAUGCUGUCCUAGUAGGAGAUAGUGGAUAUUCCUGUACCAAGUAUUUCAUGACUCCUUUUGAAAAUUGUUUGAACCCUGCGGAACAAUUAUACAACGAAUCUCAAAUCAGAACGAGAAACCCUGUGGAAAGAAUGUUUGGAGUUUGGAAAAGACGCUUUCCUGUAUUAUCGUUAGGUUUUAGAAUCGAUUUGGAUAAAGUAUUUCCUCUAAUAGUGGCAACGGCUGUACUUCACAAUGUCCUACGAAGACGUGGGGAAGAUGUCCCACCUUUUGAUGCUGAGUUUGAAGCCAACCUACCAGCACCAUGGGAUGUUAUAAUAGAUCAGGGAGACAUGGGACAAAAUCCCAUAGCAGUCUUAGGUCAUCCAUUGAACGAGAGGAGAGAUUACCCUGAGCACCGAGAAAGACGUACUAUGGUUCAUCAAUACUUCACAAGGCUGGUAAUGCUAGAGCGACAGCGCAGGGAAAUUGGAAGGGUUGUAGUGGAAGAACAUGAAGAGAUUGCGGAAGAUCCACAUCCAGAAGUGAGGCAGGAUCAAUAGGACUUAAGACAUUGAAAACAGCUGACAAAGAAAAAAAAAUCACUCGCAGCCAGCAAAUUUUUUUCUAAUUUU